AUGCGAAAGCUUUUCUCUCAGCUGAGACCUAUUUCAGCCGCCGCCGCCGCCGCCGCUGCUGAGGAGGAACUCAAGACCGAGUUUUUCAAGCUCCUUGAUGUUAUCAUCGCGAGGCCCGUCGACGACCGCAUCAUCCCAUCCCUCGAGGAGAUCCGCACUUUGUGUGAAAUGGGUGACAUCGCGGUAUUCGGAUACCUACCGUCCCCAUCGUGA